AACACCUAAGAUGGCAGACAGCAUGGCUCCUCCCUGCUUUAGUCACAUGACGCUUUUUCAUUCCUGCUUCUGACACCGCCGGGCAAAAACUACAAGUCACUAUGGGAGCAAGAAACAGCCAUCGAACCCCACAAGUCCUCAUCCUGGGGUUGGAUUCUGCAGGAAAGACCACUCUACUGUCCUAUCUCCUCACCGGACACCCAAUGGCGACCUCCCCUACUAUUGGAUUUAAUGUGGGAUCGAUAGAUUUGGACAAGAAGAACAGUCUCACCUUAUGGGACGUUGGCGGACAGAGGACGUUGAGGAAAAACUGGAAGUACUACAUUGAUGAUGUCCAGGCGUUGGUUUUCGUGGUGGACAGUACGGAUAAGGAGAGGUUACCAGAAGCCGCCAAGGCUCUUAAGCGUUUUUUGAGUGAAGAUAAAGUCGAAGGAUUGCCGCUUAUGGUUUUGGCUAAUAAAAAAGACAAGCCGAAUUCGAUGAGUAUAAGGGAGAUUUCGGACCAGCUCAACUUGCCCAAACUGGAAGACCGAGACUGGCAGAUCCAAGCCUGUUCUGCGGAGAAGGGGCUCGGGCUAAGCCAGGCCUUUACCUCGGUCAACAAAAUGAUCAAGAAGAACUGAGGAUAGAUAAGGACAUCACUGGACUACAAAAAAAGCAAACAAAAAAAUA